AUGUCGUCGCAAGCUGCUGAGAAAACCACCAGAAACUUGCCAAAGCCUAAAGCUGCGUACCUUCCUACCAGCAAGGACUCUCCGCUGUAUGCCAACAGAGAGCUGUACAAUGCGAUUGCCGCCACUCACGAGGCUGGCAAACGCGAGCUCAUUGAAAAGGUCACUGUCCCUGUUCGCUCGGGCCGUGCUUGGAAAGUUCCCAAAGGACACGUUUGCCGGAUCAUCGCCUUGGAGGGUCCGCAAGUGGGGGACCUCAACAUUUGGAAUGCCAACAAUCCAAGAGAGAGACUUUGGGCUUCUCGUACCAGACAGUUACACUCUGCGCACGUUUCAGUGUACGACCGUCUGUGGUCCAAUCUGCCAUAUUUGAGACCGCUUUGCACCAUCACAGGUGACUCCAUUGCGUAUGGUCAAGACGAGUGGGGUGGAAGAUGCCACGAUCUCCUUGGCACCCGCUGCGACCCUUACGUCGAUAAGCUAUUAUCCGGGGAAGAUAACGAUUUCCACUGCCAUUCCAAUUUAACACGUGCGGUUCUGCCAUACGGGUUGACGGAGUUCGAUGUCCAUGACGUGCUGAACGUGUUCCAGCUCACUGGGCUGAACGAGCACGACCAGUACUUUAUGGAGACCUGUCCUGCGAAGAAAGGUGAUUAUUUUGAAUUUUUCGCAGAGACAGAUCUGCUAUGUGCUCUGUCGACCUGUCCCGGCGGCGACCUCUCGCAGUGGGACUGGGGUGAGUCUGAGGACGGCGCGGGCGUGGACAUGACUGAGUGUUGCAGACCGCUCGGUGUUGAGGUUUAUAAACUUACUGAUGACUCAGUUUUGCAAAACUGGGCCGAGCCGCAGCCUGUGAAAUACAACGGUUUGCAUGGUCUGAAAAUGCCUUAA